AUGUUAGAGGAUCCAUGCAUACAUAUGAGUCAUGUUUGCGAAAAAACUAAAAAUGACGAGGAUGAUGAGACAGAAGAAUUGCGAAAAUGGGCCCUUGAAUGUAAUGUACAGCAUUCAACUUUGGAUAAGUUAUUGUUAAUUUUAAGGAAGAGGUUACUUCCUAAUCUUCCGAAAAGCUCCAAAACUUUUUUAAAUACAAAAAAUAAUUAUAAAAUAAGUAAAAUAUUGAACGAAAAGCAAGAACCAGUAGGUGAAUUCGUUUACUUUGGGAUAGAAGAAGGUUUAAGGCUAUGCGUUAAUACUAAUCUCCAUCCAAAUAGAGAAAUAAAAUUACAAUUUAAUGUUGACGGUUUACCGUUAUUUAAUUCAAGCAAGAAACAAUUUUGGCCUAUUUUAUGCAAAGUUUUUUCAAAAAUAGACGUUUAUAAACCUUUUGCUGUUGCAAUUUUUUGUGGUAAUUCUAAACCUACAAAUGUAAAUAGUUUUUUAACAGAGUUUGUUGCUGAUAUAAAUAAAAUUAUGAAUAAUGAUUUUAUAAUAGAUAAUGAACCAUUUUCUAUAACAUUACAUAGUUUUAUAUGUGAUACGCCUGCGCGAUCCUUUCUGAAAAUGACUAAAGGACAUGGGGGUUUCAGUGCAUGCGAAAGAUGCACGGUUUAUGGUUCACGAUGCGAGAACAGAACAGUUUACUGUUCUUCAAAUGCAUUAUUUCGGACAGACGAAUCAUUUAGAAAUUACGAUGAUGUUGAGCAUCACAUUGGACAUACUCCUUUAGUGAAUAUAGAACCAAAAAUUAAUUUAAUAUCGCAUUUUGUUCUGGAUUCCAUGCAUCUAUGCAGUGGAGUGACUAAAAAAAUAAUUGAAUAUUGGAUUCUGUGUUCUGGUAAAGCGCGAAUAAGUAGAGUUAAGAGAUUAGAAUUAUCACGAAGAAUGUUAAGUUUAAGAAACGCUAUACCUUAUGAAUUUCAAAGAAAACCAAGAAGUACGGAUGAUGUUAAAAUGUGGAAAGCAACUGAAUUUCGUUUUUUCCUCUUAUACUGCGGACCGAUUGUAUUAAAAAAUGUAUUAGAU